CCAUGGAUCCACGUCUUACUGGUAGAUGCGACCUCGAUCGCGAUUUUCGUGAUGGCUUCGACAAUUCGACCGUUGUUCGUUAUUGUGUCUUGAUAUCGUCGAUGGUCUUCGGCAUCAUAGAGUCGGGAAACAUUCCGAGAUGCAAUGGAAUCUCGGAUAGCGUUCAUCGCCGAAUACUUGGGAGGGUAUGGACUGCUUGGCCUGCCAUCAGGAUACUCCUCGCGUAUAUAGAUGUCUGCUUGACUUCGUCCGGAAUCCUCUUCACCAUCAUCAACAGCCUCAACAUCUCAUCAGCAUCUAGUACUACGUGUGCAUUCAACGCCAUCAACUUAUCGCCUCCAUACCUUCCAAGUCGCUACUCUUUGAACGUCAUCUCUCCAAAGAGCAUAACACUCCCAUAUAGGCACUCGCCAAUAGUCCUUUGAUUCAACCUGCACUUCACCGCCUCCGCCACCGCAAAUACUAGUACUCAAAGACCGCAGUCAUGGGCAGCACCGUUGAGAACAAGACCGAGUUUGACUUCAUCGUCGUGGGCGGCGGCACUGCCGGCUGCGUCGUCGCCGGCCGCCUCGCAGAGAACCCCAACGUCAAGAUUCUGGUGAUCGAAGCCGGCGUCAGCAACCCGGGCGACAUCGACGCCAUCACUACACCGGCGCGGGCCUUCGAGCUGCGCGACAGCAAGCACGAUUGGGCCUACAAGACGACCAUGAUCGACCGGCCUGAGUACACCCGCGUGGAGAAGCCCAACACCCGCGGCAAGGUGCUCGGCGGCAGCAGCUGCCUGAACUACUACACCUGGAUCCCGGGCAGCGCAGCGACGUACGACGACUGGGCCGAGUUCGGCGGGGAUGAGUGGACGUGGGCGAAGUGCCGCGACUACCUCUACAAGCCGGCCACCUACCACGACGACCAUCACCUCUACCGGCCCGAGCUGGCCUACAUGGGCGCGGGCGGGCCCAUCCCCAUUUCGCACUCGGACCUCGUCCCCGAGGCCGAGGGCUUCCGCGCCGCGCUGACCAGCGCCUGGACGAGCAAGGGCGAACCACUGACCGACGACGUGCACGGCGGCACGAUGCGCGGCCUGUGGAAGGCGGUCAACAGCAUCCACAACGGCAAGCGCUCCUCGUCGUGGCUGUACCUCGUCGGCAAGCCCAACGUGGUGGUCAUGGCGCAGACCCACUCCAAGCGGCUGCUGAUCGAGCACGGUAGCAACAAGGUCGUCGGCGUCGAGGUGAUCGGGCCCGACGGCAAGGAGUACACGUUCCGCGCCACCCGCGAGGUGAUCGUGUCGAGCGGCGUGUUCGAGUCGCCCAAGCUGCUGUUACUGUCCGGCAUCGGCCCCGCCGCCACGCUCUCCCACUUCGGCAUCAACCCCGUGGUCGACUCGCCCCACGUCGGGCAGAACCUGCUGGACCACCCGAUCCUGGCGCACGUCUUCCGCCUCAAGGACGGCUACGGCUUGGACCGCCACCUGCUGCGCGCGGGGCUCGAACACGACGCGGCCGUGUCGGCCUACCGCUGGAAGAACAAGGGACCGCUGACCAGCGGCUUGCUGGAGCUGGUCGGCCUGCCGCGCAUCGACGAACGCUUGAACAAAAUCCCGGAGUAUGUCGAAGCGAAAAAGGCCAACGGCGGGGUCGACCCGUUCGGGCCCGCGGGCCAGCCGCAUUUUGAGAUCGACUUUGUGCCGCUGUUCGCCGACGCCUUCCAGUGGCACAUCCCCACGCCGCCGGAGGGCGAUUACCUGACCGUCAUUGUCGACCUGCUGCGGCCGCUGUCCAGGUCGGGCACGGUCACGCUCAACUCGACCGAUCCGCUGCAGCAGCCCAAGGUGAACAUCAACUUCUUUGAGGACUACCUGGACGUUGUUGCGCUGCGGGAGGGCAUCCGCUGGGUCGAUGACAUCCUCCAGACGGGCGAAGGGAUGAGGGAUAUUGUCCGGGAGGACUACCCCUGGCCGAUGCCGCGGCAUUCGGACGAGGCGAUGGAUAAGAUGAUUCUUGAGCGGUCGCAGACUGGGUUUCACCCCUGCGGAAGCGCACGCAUGGGCAAGGACAUCCACCAGGGCGUCGUCGACAGCAAGCUGCGCGUGUACGGAGUCGAGAACCUGCGGGUCAUUGACGCCUCGGUGAUUCCGGUCAUCCCGGACUGCCGCAUCCAGAUGUCGGUUUACAUGGUCGGUGAGAAGGGUGCCGACAUGAUCAAGGCUGCGCACCCUGAUCUGUAUGCGGCUUGAAGGGAUCGUAUGCCUUUCGACGGUGGAGGGUUGGCUGGGGAGUAACCAAUGUGGAUUGGGGAAUGACGGUGGUGGGGGUGUGGUGGUAGCCACUCAUUUUGUUGUCGUUGUGUGAC